AUGACUUCUCACUUGAUCCCGCUACCAGCUGAACACGAGGCAUGGAUUGACAAGUUCUUCCGCUUCCAGUUUCAUGGAAGAUUUUAUGUUACUGAACAGCAAUACCGGACAUAUUGGCCUCUUGUAGAUGGGUUUUGGACGCACAGGAGAAAGGAGUCGCAUGUGCACGGAAAAUUCAUAACUCAUUACUAUCAUUGCUGUUUAUCUCCACCCCGACUCCCUUCCAAGGCCGAAAAAUUUCCCAGCGAAAACUCGAGUGGUAAAUCACGCGUUACCUCCUAUAAUGUUGCCGGAACCUGUGGUAUGAAGAUUAAGGUUAUCGAGCCUAUUCAGCAAACUCAAUCACCUGUAACUGGUGAGAAUGCCAAAUUUUGGAUAUUCGAACAGCAAAUUAAAGCAGGGGAGGUUUUAUGCAUGCAUAACCAUACAAUUGAAGCAGACUGGAAGAGAAAACGAUGCACGUUUUUAAUCAAUAUAAUUAAAGAUGAGCUAGCAAAGGGAUACACUCCAGGGCAGGUGAAGGAUCGGUUAAAAGGCGUUGGGAAAGUCGCCGGUUACGAAAGACUAGAAUCUAUCGGUGGUGCAUUCAUGAAGAGAAAAGAUUGCGCAAAUUUGGCAAAGGGCAUGCGACUAGAUAUACGGAAACCGGCAGUAGGAACUACAAUUCAUGAUAACUGGGAUUCAGCAACACGGUUUCUACUAGACAAUGGGUAUUUCUGCGAGACGUUGAUGUCUACAAACAUUAAAACAGAGAUAGCAAUAAAAGCGAUGGUUUUUGCACACCCAUACAAGCUCAAUUUUCUGAUUUUGCAUGGGUAUUUAACUCUGUUUGAUUCAACACACAAGAUAAAUCUCCAUAAUUACAACCUAUUCACGUUCAUGGGUCGCGAGGAAAAUGGUAUCUGGGUUCCGGCAGCCAAUUGUUUGGUUGAAAGUGAGAAUUCUGACAUUUUAGCACGCUGCAUGCAGCGGAUUUAUGAAUGGUCUGACAGACGAUGGAGAAUGCAGUAUCCAUUAACCGACAAUAGUGCCAUAGAAAAGGCAGCGGUGAGAAAGGCAUUUGGUGGCGAAGGUUUUCUCAAGAGUCAUCUUCUCUGUACAGUCCACUCCGAACGCACUCUGUCGCGUAAUUUCAAAGCCGGAAUCGACCAAGAAUCCUUCAAUUUUCUACGAUACGCAAUCAGAUGUACGACUGAAACUCAAUGCCUAUCGCUCUGUAAUGAUGCAAUCAGAGCAGCCUCGUCAGAAAGAAAGAGAGAUUACAUCAGGAAAGAAUGGCUCGGUACACAUACAGCUUGGGCAAUGCACGCGAGGCAGCACUGCCAGAUACUUCUUCAAAAUACAUCAACUAACGCGUACGAAGCAUGGCACGGGCGAUUAAAGAACGGAGCUGGGCUCAAGAAAGGCGAGGUUAGUACGCAUGGUAUUUACGGAUGUAUACGGACAGUACAUGAUUGCGCGCAUGAUGUUGAAAACAACAUUGAAUCAGCGCGUCUUGAAGCAAAAACUCGGAAAGUAACUCUUACCAAAACCUACCCGCUGCUUGCAGAAUUCCCUUACUCCAUACAACGGACCAUCGCUAUAGAGGAAAGCAAGGUGGCGACGCGAAUGGAACAGGAAAUGCCUCCUCCAGUCCGUGAACUAGAUAGCAAUACGGGUUUAUUCACCUGCAACUGUCUUUUUUCACGGCGUUAUAAGCUACCAUGCCAACAUAUUUUCCAUAUGGAUCGAGCAUCCAUAUCUUCGCCAGACACAAAUACAGGCGAGCCCGAUCGCAUUUUGAGGAAUGAAGUUUGGCAACGUUACCUGAACAGGUUCCAGACUGGAGGGACUGCAAGCUAUGAGGAAUUGAUUCCGGAGAAUGUUGAUACACCUGCUAUCACAAAAGCACCUGACCCGGGUAGGACUGCAAGAGUACUGAAGCUCGGAGAAGUUAAUGAGAGGAUACGAUCCACCUUUUAUAAGUUAGAAGAAGAAGAUUCUCAAUUAUCUAUUCAGCUACUUAACGACAUGGAGAAGCAACUCUCAGUUUCAAUCACUGCCCGACAAGAUCCGCUCCAUCAAGAACACGCUGAAAAAUAA